UCUCCCACUCACAUUUCUCCUUUCUUUAUUCUUCAUUUUAUAUCAUUUAAUUAUUUUAAUAUUUUAUUUUUCUAAUUUAACUUGUUGGUAUUAAUAAAUUUUGCUAAUUCAUGCUUCUUCUAAUUAAUUAAUUUAUCAUAGUAAUAUUUAUUUAAUUUGUCAGUAUCAUUAUUUUGUUAAUAAUAAAAAUAAUAUUAUUGUAUUUCUCUAGUUUCUUCUUCUUCUUCUUUUUUUCAAAAUCAAUAAUAAUGAAGAUUAAUAUAAUAGAAUCAACAAUGGUGAAACCAUCAAAGCCAACUCCUUCAGAAAUAUUAUUUAACUCAAAUACUGAUUUAGUUGUUAAAAGUCAUGUUUUGACUGUUUAUUUCUUCAAGCCAAAUACUAUUACCACUAAUUUUUUUGAUAUAAAAAUUAUGAAAGAGGGUUUAAGUAAUGUUUUAGUAUCAUUUUAUCCAAUGGCUGGAAGAUUAAUAUGGGGUAAUUAUAAGGAUAAUAAUGGAGGAGAAAAAAGAAUGGAAAUUAAUUGUAAUGAAGAAGGUGUAUUAUUUGUUGAAGCAAAAUGUGAUGAUACUAUUAUUGAUGAUUUUGGUGAUUUUGUUCCAAGUUUGGAAAUGGAGAAAUUAAUUCCAAAUAGUUGUGGUGACAUUUUUAUUCUUCCACUUGUCAUGACUCAGGUGACUCGUUUCAAGUGUGGUGGAGUCUGCUUAGGUCUUGGUAUUUCACACACAUUAGUUGAUGGUGUUUCAGGCAUGCAUUUUAUAAAAUCGUGGUCAGAAAUGACACGUGGAUUCUCUGUCAUCACGGUCCCACCGGUGUUCGAUCGGUCUUUCCUUCGUGCACGGGACCCACCGAGACCGACCUUUGAUCAUGUCGAGUAUCACCCUCCACCGACCCUGAAGAACAUCCAGGGUCAAGUUGAUCAAGUUAACGUCCCAAACUCCAGUACCACGGCCAUGUUUAAGAUCACAAGCGACCAACUGACCCUCCUCAAAACCAAAUCCGAGUACAAUGGAAGCACUUACGAAGUCAUCGCGGCUCAUAUCUGGCGUUGCAUGUGUAAGGCACGUACCCUAGAUGACGACCAGUUGACAAAGUUAAAGGCUGCUACAAAUGGUAGGACAAGACUCUGUCCUCCCCCACCACAAGGUUAUAUAGGAAAUGUUGUCUUCACAGCUACACCAAUAGCGAAAUCCGGCGAACUUCUAUCAGAGCCACUAGCUAUAACUGCGCGAAGAAUUCACGAUGCAGUGAUAAGAAUGAACGACGAAUACUUAAGAUCGGCCAUAGAUUACCUCGAAUUAAACAAAGAUUCAUAUAAAUCAAUCCAAUGGCCUAUUUUUGAUCCAAAUCCUAAUGUUAAAAUUAACACUUGGAGUAAGUUGCCAGUCUAUGAUUGUGAUUUUGGAUGGGGAAAGCCAAUUCAUAUGGGACCUGCUUCUCUUUUGAAUGAAGGAUUGGUGUAUAUUUUGCCAAGUUCAAAUAAUGACAAGAGUUUGACAUUGGCUAUGUGUUUAAAUUCUCAUCAUAUGCCACUUCUUGAGAAGUAUUUGUAUGACUUCUGAAAAGUUUGGUCUCUGUAUUGUUCCAAUUUUCUCGAAUGUCCUCGAUCUGACAGGGCAUGAUUAUAUUUAAGUGUGUUUGAGUGUUGGUUUUUAUUAAGGUUGGUGUUUGGGGAUAUUUGGGUGUGUGGGUGGGUGAGGGGUUGGGGUUGGGGGUUGAAUUGUUUUUUCAAAUUUUUUUUAAUUGUAAUAAAAAGAAAUGGAGACACAAUGUAAUAUCUACUUUGAUAUAUUUAUUGUUUGUAAUAAUUUAAUAUGUUGUUGAUUCUUGAGUUAUCAUGUAGUUUCUUAUUCUUCUAUGUAUAUUACUAUCUAUUGGUCUUUU